UUUCCACAGCACGCUCUCACCAUGCAACGCCCCGACGAUCGCCACAAGAACUUCAAGAAGGGUAUUGAUGCCGACGAGAAUCGUCGCCGCCGUGAAGAACUCACGCUCAACAUCCGUAAGACGAAGAAGGAUGAGCAAGUGAACCGGCGCCGUCGCAUGGUUGGGGGUUCUGCCCCUGGCGACUUUGAAGGCAUGGUCAGCGACUCGCCGUUCCCGUCAUCAGAAAGCGCAUCCGCCAGCACCAGUGCCCAGGCUUACCUAUCCCAACUGCCUGAAAUGGUGGAAGAAUUGAACUCGCAAGACAUCGAUGUUCAGCUGUCGGCAGUCACCAAGUUCCGCAAGCUUCUUUCGAUUGAAAACAACCCCCCCAUCCAAGAAGUGAUUAACCUCAACGUCGUGCCAAUCUUCACAGCGUUCUUGAAAGCGGAGAACCUCCCCAAGCUUCAAUUUGAAGCCGCUUGGGCUUUGACGAACAUUGCGUCGGGCACGUCGGACCACACUCGCAUCGUGAUUCAGAAUGGUGCUGUCCCGCUUUUCGUGUAUUUGCUCAUGUCUCCAAACGACGAAGUCCGUGAACAAGCGGUGUGGGCUUUGGGUAACAUCUCGGGUGACUCCCCUGCGUGCCGCGACCUCGUGCUUGAAGCUGGUGCGGUGCUUCCUUUGUUGCAUCAGCUCUCGGAACGUGCAAGUCCUAGCAUGUUGCGCAAUGCGACCUGGACCUUGAGCAACUUUUGCCGUGGCAAGCCGCAACCGCGCUUCGACUUGGUGCGCCCGGCUUUGUCCACAUUGGCGCGGUUGAUCUUCUCGCAAGACCAAGAUGUGCUGACGGAUGCGUGUUGGGCGCUCUCGUACCUUUCGGACGGCCCCAACGAAAAGAUUCAAGCCGUGAUUGAAGCAGGCGUGGUCCCGCGCCUGAUCGAACUGCUCUUGCACACAAACUCGUCGGUGCAAACGCCCGCCUUGCGCACCAUCGGCAACAUUGUGACUGGCGACGACCUCCAGACCCAGUUUGUGAUCAACGAAGGCGCGUUGAACCGGUUGUUGCCGCUGUUGCAGAGCCCGAAGAAGGGCAUCCGGAAGGAAGCGUGCUGGACGGUGAGCAACAUCACGGCUGGCAGCGCCGAUCAAAUCCAGGCUGUUAUCAACGCCAACAUUUUGCCCCCUUUGAUCCAAUUGCUGGCCACGGGCGAGUUCGAAGUGCGCAAGGAAGCGGCGUGGGCCAUCUCGAACGCUUCGUCGGGGGGGACGCGAGAGCAACUCCACUAUAUGGUCCAACAAGGCUGCAUUCCCCCGCUUGUGGCCCUGCUUGAAUCGACGGAUUCCAAGAUUAUUUGCGUGUGCUUGGAUGCACUGGAGAACAUUUUACGCAUGGGCUCUGAAGAACAAGAGGAACAGCUCUCGGAUGAGAACAAGAUGGCACUCAUCGUGGAAGAAUACGACGGCGUGAACAAGAUUCAGCAGUUGCAGUACCACGAAGCGUUGGAGGUGUACCGAAAAUCGCUCGCGAUCAUUGAAACCUACUUUGGCGGAGAAGACGAAGAAGAGAACGACUUGUUGCCGACGGAAGACCCCGCGGCGCAACAGUUUACGUUUGGCACGGGCAGCGGUACGAUGUUUAACUUUCAAGGACAGCACUAAGCGGGAGGGUCGGCCUUACGCCGCUCUCCCCCGCUCUCUGGGGCGUGAUUCAGGUGAUGGUUGCUUCUGCACCACUACCAAGUCCCUCUCCCUGUUCUCUAGAUUAUUUUUGUAGCUUUGCGAGAAAUCUCGUGCAUUUUUGAAUGAAAGUGCUCUUGGUUGACGUGGAUGGGUUGGAU